UUUGGUUUAUGCAGAACACCAUGUGAAAAGCAGGUUCAGCAGUGGUUACCAGAUUGUUAGUAAGGAUGUCACAUCUGAGGAACUUGAGUGCUAGGCUCCAGAAGUUGAGAUCCCUUAUGCAAAAUGUAAAAUAUGUGAACGAACCGCUACAGGCGUACAUUAUUCCAUCAGGAGAUGCUCAUCAGAAUGAGUUUUUGGCAGACUGUGACAACCGACGAGCUUAUAUUUCCGGCUUCACUGGUUCUGCUGGAACUGCGAUCGUCACAGAAAAUGGGGCAUAUAUGUGGACGGAUGGGCGUUACUUCCUACAGGCUUCUGAAGAAAUGGAUCAGAACUGGACCCUAAUGAGAGAAGGCAUCCAAAGCACUCCAACACAAUCUGCAUGGUUGACUAGAACUCUGCCUGCUGGAUCUCGAGUUGGUGCGGACCCAAAUCUCGUUAUGUAUAGUACGUGGAAGCCUCUGCAGACAGAUCUUGAGGCAGCAGGAAUCUUCCUUGUCCCCAUCACCACGAACCUCGUAGAUCUUAUCUGGGACAACAAGCCAGCAGUGCCAUGCAACACCAUUCACCCACUGUCUGUCAAGUACACAGGCAAAACAAGUGACGUGAAAGUGAAAGAGGUGAGAGCUGAAAUGAAAGAAAAGGGAGCAAGGCUGUUGGUGGUCUCUGCCCUUGAUGAAAUUGCUUGGCUGCUGAAUGUGAGGGGGUCAGACAUUAGUUACAACCCAGUCUUCUUCUCUUAUGUCAUCCUCUCUAUGGAUCAAGUGCAUCUGUUUGUUGAGGAGGCUAAACUCACGCCAGCAGUCUAUAAUCAUUUCACUGUUGAAAACUUGCAAGUUACAAUUCAUCCAUAUGAUAAACUUCAGUCAUUUCUUACUGAUGAGAUUUCAUGUCAAGAUGGAAAAAUUUGGGUGAGUCCAGACUCCAGCUACGCUCUCUCAGCAGCCAUCCCAGAGAAAUUACGUAUCGGAGAGUUGACACCCAUCCCUGUCAUGAAAGCAAUAAAGAAUCCUGUUGAAAUCCAAGGUAUGAUCAAUGCCCAUAUUCGGGAUGCUGCUGCUGUGUGUUGCUACUUUGCGUGGCUUGAGAAGGAGGUUGUAAAGGGCACGGUCACCGAGUGUUCAGGUGCACAGAAACUGGAACAGUUCAGGAGAGAGCAGGAGGACUUUGUGGGGCCUAGCUUUGAGACAAUAUCAUCAGUUGGCCCCCAUGCUGCUAUUAUUCACUACAAACCAUGUGCAGAAACUGACAGGCAGAUAACAGCAGAGGAAGUAUACCUCUGUGAUUCUGGUGGCCAGUACAAGGAUGGUACCACAGAUAUCACAAGAACCAUCCACCUAGGAACACCUUCACAGUAUGAGCAGGAAUGUUUCACACGAGUGUUUAAAGGACAGUGCUUCUUUGGUACAAGUGUCUUCCCUUCAAAGACCAAGGGCAAUUGUCUAGAUACGUUGGCCCGGAAGUACCUGUGGGACGUGGGCCUGGACUACAUGCAUGGGACAGGCCAUGGGAUAGGCAUGUACCUGAAUGUACAUGAAGGACCUAUGGGAGUGUCAUGGAGAGUGUAUCCAAAUGAUCCUGGGCUCCAGGAAGGCAUGUUCUUGUCAAAUGAGCCUGGGUUCUAUGAAGAUGGGAAGUUUGGCUGUCGUAUAGAAGACAUUGUACGGAUAGUUCGGGCAAAUGUGCCUUACAACUUCAAGAUGCUUAACUACCUUACAUUUGAGACUGUAUCAUUAGUUCCAAUUCAGACUAAGAUGUUGCUGCCUGAAAUGCUCACUGGGAAAGAGAUUACACAUCUGAAUGAAUAUCACUCUAGAUGUCGAGAGGUUGUGGGUCCGCUCCUCAAGAAGAUGGGCCACAACGAAGCUCUGGAGUGGUUGUACCGUGAAACAGAACCAAUUGGCUGAAGAUAUCAGUUUUACAUCAAAUCGUAUACAUAAAGAGGGAUAUACUGUGGGGUAUAGCUUGCAAUCCAUCGGUAUUUAUUACAAAUAUAUUACACCUCUGUGGGAAAAGUGACACAAGUCAAAACUUCGCAAUUUUCAGGAAGCUGCCUUCAAGUAAAUGACAUUAUGAGCAGCAUUCAGUGUACCGAGCACAGUCAUCGGUGAGCAGAUUAUCCAAUUCUUGUGACGAGAAGUGUGGACAUUUAUUCAGAUCACUCCCAAUCUUGUAGUCUAGAUAGCUGUCAUUCUUAUCAUUGUCUUGUUUGGAAAAUGGAUCAUGUUAGGAAUCAGCUGAUUUACCAGCAUUUAUCUCAUGCCUUCAUGAAGCAGUUUAUGUUUCCAAGUUACAACUCCCUUGUUGUCUUCUGUGCUAUGGUUUCCUGCGUCUCUUCAAGCUGCUAUUUUCCAUCCCUUAUGAAUGACAUGCAUUCUUUUCCAGUUAUUUCCUCAUAUUCUUUCAACUUUUAUCCUCCAUCUCUUCUGAGUGAUUUAUGUUCUUUUUCAGUUACUUUUUCUCUACACACCCUUCUUGUAUCAGUUCAGAAUGUCUUAUUUUCAUCUGCAGCAGUUUCUUUUAUUCUUUUCUUCCUGACUUGUUUUUCUUCAGCACUGCUUUUAUUAAGAAACAAGAGUAUGGUUCAUAGAGUGUUGUGCCAAGCCAGAUAUGAUACAGAGAAUGAUAACAAUACAAUGGCAACAGAAGGCAAAUUUGCAAACCUCAAGAACCAACCAUAAGUCUGGAAAAAAAAAAGAUUCAGUUACAUAUAAAAUGUGACUGAGAAUUUGCAAAGAAAGACCUCUUCUGAAAUGGAAAAGCGUGGUUACUGUGUCUGUGACAAGUGUCAUCUCCAUUGCAAACCGUAUGACGUUUAGCGAGCUGCAAGUCAAAAUGUUUCUGUGCCAGAGUAACAUGUUUUAAGGAAGAAACAUAACUUUAUUUAUGUUGCAUUUCCUGAUUUUAAAGUACAUGCGGUCACAUAUUUCUAAAGGUCAUAACUAAAAUCAUUAAUUUUUUAUUUGUGUCAUUGUCCUCCCAGGGGUGUGGUAUGUAUAUGUACACACAUGUACAUAGAAAUUGAAUGUUAUAUUGCGCUUGUUGAUAAUUAAAUACUUGAUAUUUCAAGUAACAGCUUUUGAGCAGUUUAGUAGCCAGUAUUAAUUACGCAGUUAUUGUUUUUAACUGAGGGUGCUUUUUUAUAAUGGUCACAAGUGCAUGUACUAUGUUCAUCACUGUAAGAUUUUAGUCUCAAAAAGCCAAGUAAUUACAGAAUAAGUCUCAGGUUCUCACACUGGUGAAUACCAGUCUUCUGCGAUAGUUCUGCAGAGAGGCAUGAAUCUUGUGUGUGCAUUGGUAGCAAGUCUGGUCUUCUAUUUCCUCUGUAUGUGUCACUUUACUCCCUACAACUUGCUCAUUUACCCUGAUGAUGGAACCAUCAGCAGUUCUGAAAUAUGUAUAGAUUUCUUAUGAUAUUGACAAAUUUUGUGACACCUGUGGGUAAGAGCUGCUGGAACUGUAAGGUACAGUGUCUGGUGACCACAAUAAGUUAUAUUUGGUUUUGUUAUAGGUGAUUUAUUCUGUCUCCCUUUUUUUUCAGGACAGGGAAAGAAAUAAAAAUAAAGGGAGGAUGUAUUUUACUGGGGAUGUCUUUCAAAGAUGUAAUUUUCUUAGCAAAAAAGUGUUUUAUAAUCAGUUACAUGUCUUUUAUAACCAAUUAAUUAGCAAUAAAGGUCAUAUGUGCAGACCAUA